AUGGCAGCUCUGAGGGCAUGGCUCCUGUGCCUGCUGCUCUUAGCCUUGGUCCUGCCAGGAGCUUCCAGCCGAGCCCACCAGCACUCCAUGGAGACACGCACCCCUGACAUCAAUCCAGCCUGGUACACAGGCCGUGGGAUCAGGCCCGUGGGUCGCUUUGGCAGGAGGAGGGCAGCCCUGAGGGAUGUCACCGUACCUGGCCUGCGGUGCCGGCUAAGCUGCCUCCCGUUGGAGGGAGGUGCCAAGUUCUCUCAGCAUGGAUGA